GUUCUCAACAAGAUGGCGGCUGUUCCAGAGAACAGAGUCCUUUCCUACAGUGUGUUUAAAUGGAGCUCUUACUCCUCUACGUACCUACCAGAUUUCUUUUUCCCCAGUUCCUCAGCAGCAGCUCAGUGACUGAGUAGUACGGAACUCGAGUGUCUAUACAGUAACAAGCAGUGUAUGAUGUGGGUGAAACGGCAAAGGAGUAGAAAGGGCCUGGUUCAAUAAUUACUACAAACAAAGAACAUUCUGGCAGAUAAACCUAAUGACCAGUCUUCCCGGUGGUCUUCUGAAAGCAACUACCCUCCACAAUACUUGGUUCUAAAAAUGGAAAAGCCUUCCAUUGUUCAGAGUAUUACUUUCGGAAAGUAUGAGAAAACUCACGUAUGCAACCUGAAAAAGUUUAAGGUUUUUGGAGGGAUGAGUGAGGAAAAUAUGACAGAACUGUUAUCCAGUGGCCUUAAAAAUGAUUACAACAAAGAAACAUUCACUUUGAAACAUAAAAUUGAUGAACAGAUGUUCCCAUGUCGAUUCAUUAAGAUAGUUCCACUGAUGUCCUGGGGGCCCAGUUUCAACUUCAGUAUCUGGUAUGUUGAACUUCAUGGGAUUGAUGAACCUGAUGUGGUGCAGCCGUGCCUUAACUGGUACAGCAAGUACCGUGAACAGGAAGCAAUUCGACUGUGUCUAAAGCACUUCCGCCAGCACAACUACACUGAGGCAUUUGAGUCUCUGCAGAAGAAGACAAAGAUCGCCCUCGAACACCCGAUGCUGACUGACCUUCACGAUAAACUGGUCCUGAAGGGAGAUUUUGAUGCUUGUGAGGGACUAAUAGACAAGGCUGUGAAUGAAGGCUUAUUUAACCAGUACAUCAGCCAGCAAGAAUAUAAACCUAGAUGGAGUCAGAUUAUCCCCAAAACUACCAAAGGUGAUGGAGAUGACAGCAGGCCAGGAAUGAGGGGAGGACAUCAGAUGGUGAUAGAUGUCCAGACAGAAACUGUGUAUUUGUUUGGUGGCUGGGAUGGUACGCAAGAUUUGGCCGAUUUCUGGGCAUACAGCGUUCAAGAAAAUCAAUGGUUCUGUAUAUCCAGGGAUACUGAAAAAGAGAAUGGUCCCAGUGCCAGAUCCUGCCAUAAAAUGUGCAUCGACUCCCAAAGAAGACAGAUCUACACACUAGGGCGCUAUUUGGACUCCUCUGUGAGGAACAGCAAAUCUCUGAAAAGCGACUUCUAUCGUUAUGAUAUUGACACCAACACAUGGACAUUUCUUAGUGAAGAUACAUCAGCUGAUGUUGGACCCAAGCUUGUUUUUGAUCACCAGAUGUGCAUGGACUCUGAAAAACACAUGAUUUACACAUUUGGCGGAAGAAUAUUAACUUGCAGUGGCAAUGUGGAUGACACUCGGACUAAUGAGCCACAGUUCAGUGGACUGUAUGCCUAUCACUGUCAAUCUAAUACAUGGAAACUUCUCCGGGAAGAUUCCUGCAACGCUGGUCCUGAAGAUGUCCAGUCAAGGAUAGGACACUGUAUGCUCUUCCAUACUAAAAACCGUUGCCUGUAUGUCUUUGGGGGGCAGAGAUCCAAAACAUACUUGAAUGACUUCUUUAGUUACGAUGUGGACAGUGACCAUGUAGAAAUCAUAUCGGAUGGCACAAAGAAGGACUCUGGCAUGGUCCCAAUGACAGGUUUUACUCAGAGAGCCACCAUUGACCCAGAAUUGAACGAGAUCCAUGUACUUUCUGGGCUUAGCAAGGACAAGGAUAAACGGGAGGAGAAUGUGAGGAACUCGUUUUGGAUAUAUGACAUAGCCAGAAAUAGCUGGUCAUGUGUUUACAAGAAUGAUCAGGCAGUGAAAGAACAUAAAAGUCUACUGGAGGAGGAGCCCUGUCCACGGUUUGCCCACCAGCUGGUUUAUGAUGAACUGCACAAGGUUCACUAUUUGUUUGGUGGAAAUCCUGGCAAAUCUUGCUCCCCUAAAAUGAGACUGGAUGAUUUUUGGUCACUGAAGCUCUGCCGCCCAUCCAAGGAGUACCUCCUCAGACACUGCAAGUACCUCAUUAGGAAAUACAGGUUUGAAGAAAAAGCUCAGACAGAACCUCUAAGUGCUUUGAAGUAUUUACAAAAUGACUUGUCUGUAACUGUGGAUCACUCAGACCCUGAAGAGACGAAAGAGUUUCAACUCCUGGCUUCCGCACUUUUCAGAUCCAGCUCAGACUUCAUAGCACUGGGUUUUUCGAACGUGGAUCAGACCUAUGCUCAGCGGACUCAGCUGUUUGACACGCUGGUGAAUUUCUUCCCUGACAGCAUGACUCCUCCAAAAGGCAGCCUGGUCGACCUCAUCACGCUGUAACAGAGCAAGGAAAAAGCACCUUUUUAGUACUUUAUUUAAUAGCGACUAGAAAUAUUUUUAUAAAGGUUCUAGUUCCAAAGUGCUGGUCAAAUGACUAUUUACCCGUUUUGGGGGGAGUGAAUUUGUAAUUAUAAAAUCCAGCUUGAGUGGUUUUGGUCAGAAAGUGUUACCUCUGGCUUUUUAAUCAAGUGCCCCUAGUUGGUAUAAUUUAAUUAAACAGGUUUGUAUCUCAGUAGUGACAGAUAUAGAUAAUGUUAGAUUAAAUUAGCAAAAUCACAUUGGUCUUUCUAUUGAGACUGUCAUAGUUCAGUCUUAUAGUUGCCUGUAAUUGGAUGUACUGAAGUAUUAUUUAGAAUAAUGAUUGAAGUGGUCAGAUUUUUUUUUGGUUUGUUUUUUGUUAGGUUUUUUUUGUUUUUGCUACACUGCCAUACAGCACUUUUUACUUAUUUGCUAAGAUACACUGAUUGCAACUUUUGUGUUUUUCUGCAGGUAUCUUUAAAAAUAAAGAAUACUGUAAAGUCACCUGUUGGAAUCAUAAGAUUUCAUGAAUGUCAAGACUUUUGUAAUCCUUUGGUAUGUUUGCUAUUUAACUUGAUCUGAUAUUGUUUAAGGGCUUUUUUUACAUACCAUUUAAAAAUAUACAUUUUUAAAAUGUCUGCAGAGAUUCAUAAAAAUACCUGCGCCUUGUCAGUUCUAUUACAUUAUGUGAUUGUAACAGGUUACUGAAAGUCAGAAUUAAUAUUUAGUGCAUUCCAAGAGUUUUAUGAAUGCUGAAUCACUAGUUAUAUUGUCAGAGCAUAGUGAUCUGAAGAACUGAUGGUACAGACACACACAAAAUGAGGGCUUGCCCCUAGUUGGUAUUUUACAGUGAUGGUACAGUAUAUGUACCUUUCUUACUGCCUACUAUAUGGGCAAACCUGAUCCUGGUUUGUAAGAUUAGCCUAAAAUUUUACAAAGUAAUUUAGAAAAAAAAUGUCCACCUAAAUAUGUUGAAUCAAAAGAUUUUUUAGCGAAUUACUCAUGUGUUUUAUAUUGGCUAUUCCACCUAGCUUUUGCUUUUAAACCAAUGAAAGUUAUGCUCAGAAAGACUAAGUCCUUUCGUCCUUCUUGAAAGUGUUGCAGUUAUUUGACUUACUGAUGUUGCCAAAACUAUUUUUACAGUAAAAUGACAUGAAUUUUACUCAUUCAGGGGUUAUCUCAUGUCUUGCUUUGUGUCUGUAUUUUACAGUAUAUAUGUAAAACAAAAUUAAGAUGAAAAAAAAUAGUUGUAUCAUGAAAUUAGAAGAUUAUAGUGGUAUUUAAAAUCAUAAUUAUCCUCAAAAAUCCACCAGUUGUGAAAAAAGUAAUAACAGUAUUUAAGAAUAGGGUUUAUAGGUAAAUGUUGGAUUAUGUGACUGUUCAGCAUUCCUGUCCCUGCCUGUGGUUGCCGAAACAACUGUAAGAGUAGGAUUAUGCAAUAUAGGUUUAUUCCUAUCACUGUGUUAAUUGUAAGUAUCAUCUACAUAAGAAGAAAAAUACAAUGUCUAAUUAAGGAAAAAUCAUUAACAGAUAUUAUAUUGUUUUUUUUAACCUUACAUUGGUAAUUAGAAAGUAUUAGUCCCCAUCAGACCUUCGUCAUAAGUUUACUGUAUCCAGUCUUUGCUUGGUAACUUUUCACAACCUUUACUUCGGCUGGCUCAACAUGGUUUUCAACAUAGCUUGCUUUACUAAAAGUAAGAAACACUUUUUAAAUAGUUGUUCCUACAAGUUUGAAAGUGGUCGUGAAUUUCCAGAAACUGGCCAAUUUUUUUUUUAAUGAUUUUAGUAAUGUUUAUUUUCUUUUUUUAAAAAUGCCCUAACCAUUCUGAUUCAGAGGCAAUUUAGUGGAAAGAAAUCACAGAAAAAAUACAUAUUGUGAUUUCAUAUUUUAAGGGCCUUUUUCAUGGUUAUGGCUUCUGUUAGAUCAAUCAUGUUUGUGUGAUCUGCCAACAUGGACUAUAUCCUUAGGAAUACCCAUUGUUUACUAAGUUUGAGAGUAGAAAAAUAAAAGUUAAAAUUACAAGAAUGUCUUACUUUUAUUUUAUGCAAUAUAGCAUUUGUAAACUGAAAAAAAUAGCCUUUUACAACACUGUCUAUCUAAGGACAAAUAAACAUCUUGUGGGAUUACGUCUGGUGUGCAGGAAACUGAACAGUAAAUGCAAUGUUGGAUCUUCAACAUGUCUGUUUCCCAUUUGUACAGUGAUUUGCCAGUACUGUGGUAGGUCUUACUGAUAUCACUUCAAUAGAAUACACGACAAUGAUUGCAGCUGAAAUGCAUGGUGCUUUACUUUUCCCAGUUUUAUAUUUCAUAUUUCAUGUUUCAGUGUAGAGCUAGAUGGGAAUCAUUUACAAUAAACAGAGGAUGGGAUGUGGGGCUGGUUUCAAAUUAUCUUUCUUACAUGCUCCAAAAAAGCUGAAGCAAACUGUUGAUAAGAUCUUUCAGUUCCAUUAAGACAUACCUAGCUUCAUUAAUCCAGUGUGUAAUGGGAUCUACUUUUUGUGGUCAUUGGAUUUUAAAUAAAGUUUAUUGUAACUUGUUUUUUACUCAUUACAAUGUCUUAAUGUCAAAUAUCACUCAGGGUACAACGAUUCAUUAUCAUGCUGGAAAAACAAUGAUGCAAAUAUAUAAGGAUUAUAAACUAUACUUCUUUAUAGAAGAAAAAUGAUUCAAUGAUUUAGUUGCUAGAUGUAGUUUAUCAACAUUUAAUAUAUCAUGUAAGAUGUUUGAUAACAAUUCCCAUUGUAUAGUACAAUAAAAAAAAUGUAAUAAAGAAAAUCUUGACUAUGAUCAGAGAACUGGGCAGCCUACGCUUUUCAUGUUACAAUUUUGAGAUAAACUAUUAUUUGAGAAGUUUGAAGCCAGAAAACAUUAAGUUUUAUCAUUAACAUUUUUUUUUUUUUUUUACUUUAUCUUGUUGGAAUGGCCAAAU